AUUAAUGAAAAUGAAAAUUUGUGUGGAAAACAAAGUGCUUUAUUUCGAAGUGCAUUAAAAAAUAGUGAAAUGUGGGCACUCAAAAUGUUUGAUUCUUCGGCAAAAUUACCAUCCGGUAUUUUAAAUGGUAAUAUAAAUCAAUUUGGUGAUUUUGAUCAAUGCUUAUCAAUUCAUAAGGAGUUAUCAAGUGAAGAAGAUGAUGUUUAUGGAAAAUAUUGUUUGGCAAACGUUCAAUUUACAUUGACAUAUCCAAGUGAAUACAUGAAGGAGAUCGAUUCGUUAAUACAUUCGCAUUAUAUUAUUAAAAGUAAUAUUUCAGACUUUGGACAUCGUGUUCCACGGUUUAGUUCAAUAAGUUGGGGCAUAUGUUUACCAUCCGGUUGUACAUCACAACAUUUACAAAAUGAAAUGUACCAAGAAUUACAAAAAACUUUUCCGACCAAUGUUGAGAUUGCAGUUAAAAUUGACGAGAAAAUGUGUUCAACAUCACCAAAAUAUAAAGCAAUCCAUGAUAAAUUUGAAUUAUCAUUAGGAUUCCUGAUUUCAGGAAUAUUAUUUGGAAUACUAUUUGUUCUUACAAUAUUGGGAAUGUUUAUUGAUGUAAAUCAGGAAAAUGAUAGUAAAUUAUUGAAAUUCAUAAAAUGCUUCUCACUACACAAGAACAUAACACAAUUAACUAAAAUCGAUAGUCGUGAUGAGAUCCGUAGCGUGCAUGGUUUACGAUGUUUAAAUGCCAUUGCGUUGUUACUUGUACAUAAAUCUAUGGCUUUAUUAUACAGUCCGUAUAUUAAUCGAACUGCAAUGACUGAAAAUUUAGGAUUACCAUGGUCAAUAAUUGGACGAUCUGCAAUUGUAUAUACAGAUUCUUUUAUUUUAUUAAGUGGAUUAUUAAAUGGGCAUGCCUUUUUAAAAGAGCUUCAAGCCAGUGGAAACAUUAAUUUUGUGAAAAAAAUUAUUGCAAGAAUAUUUAGAAUGUUACCAUCAAUGGCUGCUUUAAUACUAUUUUGUACAUAUUUCUUACCCAAUUUACCAUUUUUAUCAUCAGGACCAUUAUGGCCACAAGUAAUCAAUGUUCAUUCAGAAUUAUGUAAACAGAAUAUGUGGCGUAAUUUCUUAUUUAUACAUAAUUAUUUUGGAUUUGAAAAUAUGUGCCUGACUCACACUCAUCAAAUUGGUAUGGAUAUGCAAUUAUUUUUACUAUGUCCCAUAUUUGUUUAUUUGUUAUGGAAGAACAUGAAAUAUGGAUUAUACUUAAUGGCUGGUGUUGCAACUGCGUCCACCAUAUUACGUGGAUGGGCUGGUUAUUACUAUAAUUUAGCACCAAUUGUUUUUAAUGGAGUCAAAUUACAGCAACUGUUUGACACAGCAAAUUAUUCAUACAUUCUGCCAACACAUCGAAUAACAAUUUACUUAUUUGGAAUUUUAGCUGCAUAUAUUUUGAAUAAAAAUCGGAAAAUCGCAUUCACAAGUUUCCAAGUACGAUUCUUCUGGACUCUUGGUGCCCUUUUUGCACUCACCACAGUUAUUGGUCCAUAUCCAUUAGCUACAAAAGCAUAUGUUUAUAGUCCAGUACAUGCAGCAUGGUAUAAUGCCAUCUCUCCAAUUGUUUGGGGAUUAUUUAUAUUUUGGGGUUUAAUUGCUAUUAAUAACGGCAAUGGUGGUUGGUUUGGAAAUUUCAUGGAUUGGAAUAAAUUUCAAAUAUUUUCUCGAAUUGCCUAUUCAUUCUAUUUAACACAAUUUCCAAUAUUUUUUUAUAAUAUUGGUCGACGUCGAAAUUCGGAGACGUUCAAAUCGCAUAUGUUGGUGGAACCUUGCGAAGUUGCUUUUAUUAUUUUAUUUUCUAUAGCCCUUACAUUAUUUGUGGAAAUGCCUUUCAUAAAUAUUCAUCGAUUAAUAUGUGGUAGUGAAAGUAGUAAAGAUAAAAGGAAAAAAUUAGAGAGUGAUGUGUCGCAAGGCGAUGAAAAGAAAUUACAGUAAUAGCAGUACAAAUUCAUUAUUCUUCGAGAAUACCUAAACGUGAUAUUGGCAACUUAAAACUUAUAUAAUAAUAAUAACUUCAUAACUUCACUGUAUAACUUCAAAUAUAAUUAAAAAUCAUGAGUUGAACUAGUCGAUUAUAUCAGUAAAUAAAUAAUGCUGUGGGGCUUAAGAAGUUAAACGGUAAUAAUUAAGGUCAUUAAA